CAUGCCACCUACAAAUGUCUCCUGUCAAUGAUUCAAUUCAACCACAGUUGGAUCUUCAUAAUUUUUUUGAAAUUCUGUAGAUUUAAUCCGAUACCAGACCCCAUUUCUUCAUGCGUUAAUCUAUAUGUGAAUUCGAAACCUUGAUGAAAGUUCUUACAAAUAUGAUGUUUUGAAAUCAACACAUUGCAAUUGGAUUUUGCAUCGAUUCUUCUCUGAGGGUUUUUCUCCGCCCUAGGGUUCUUAUUCCUAGAACAUAUAUAAACAUAAGAUACUUCUUGGAAGAACGAGGGAGGAGAAUAGAAUGGGCGAUAAUGAAGAUGAUGAUGAUGCUAGAUACCCUCCAAGACAGUACUCUACAAAUCAUCAAUCGGCUUACCAGUCUUCUUCUCGCCCGCAUCCGUCCAAUCGAAACCCUACUUACGUUAACGGCGGUUAUCGCGAUGAAGACGAAUACGAAUUGGAGGAAGAAGAUGAAGGACUCAACACUGAACCUGACGAUCAAGAAGACGAAGAUGACUAUGAUGAUGGUGCGGGAAAUGGGUAUAAUAAGCGAAAGAAGCGGAAGUUGGAGUCAUUAGUUUCCAACUAUGAGUUCGUCGCUCGCAAGCCUCCACAGAAUGUUAGAAAUCCGACCGGUGAUUGGACAGAGCAAUCCACUUUAGAGCUUCUAGAAGCAUGGGGUGAGAGAUUCUUAGAAUUAGGUAGGAAGAGCUUGAGGUCUGAGGAUUGGCAAGAAUUAGCAGAGAAAGUCUCGGAUUCUUCCAAGGUCGAUUGGACAGAAACUCAAUGUCGAAACAGAUUGGACACGUUGAAGAAGAGGUAUAGGAAGGAGAAAGCGAAGAUGGAAGGAAACAACAGUCAAUGGAUUCUCUUCAAGAAAAUGGAUAUGUUGUUGAAUCCUUCAGCUAUGCAACAAGGUGGGCUUCCCUGUGGUGUUGAUUCGGGAGAAUACGUGUUCAUGAACUCUAGAGUAUAUCUGAACAGGUCGAAUGGGUUGGAUGAAAUGAGAGACAGUCCAGGAGAAUCUGAAGCUUCUAUGGAAGAAGAUGAGAGCUCAUUUGGAAUCCAUUCAAAAAGGAAUGGAGAAUCUGACAAUGGAUCGUCCUUUAAGUUGUUGGCAGAUUCAAUUCAGAAGUUUGGUGAUAUAUAUGAGAAGAUUGAGAAUAACAAGAGGCAGCAAAUGGCGGAGCUGGAGAAGAUGAGAAUGGAUUUCCAAAAAGAAUUGGAGGUUCAGAAGAAGCAGAUUCUUGAGAAGGCUCAUGCAGAAAUCGCCAAAAUAAGACAAGAAGAGGAAGAUGAUAAUGUCGCUGAUGACAAUGAUGAUGAUGAUGAUGAAGCCACAGAUGGCUCUGACGAGAACCUUGGUGGAUAAUGCAGUCAGGUAGUAUAUGUUAGUCUGUUAAUUUCCUUUAAUAUGUGUUAAGAUUGAACAAACCUUGUUUAUUUUCAUUCUUGAACAUGUGCCUUGAGAACAACCGAGCUUUUUCUGCA